AUGGGCUAUAAACUUUUACAUCGAAAAUGGAGGUCGACGAGGGGCAUGUAUUAUAUGAUGAUUCCAGAGCUGUUGGGAACUGUAGGGGCAUUGGUUGUCACAGCCCUCGCUCAGCCAGACUUAUACCGGACUAAGUUAUGGCGAGCCGGCAGCGAACUGGGCUUCAAUUCGAGCCCUAGUGUUACCCUAUGGGCGUACGCCAACUACGAGCCGUUACCGAAAAUACCGCUCGUGUGGUCGCAGACAUUGACCGAUUUCAACGUCGCAAUAGCGGUUCUCAGUCUAUUCCUCCUCCUCACAAAGCUCGUAGCGUUUAUUAUGCACGUCUGGUACCCAAUUCUUGCAAUGGUCAUCAAUAUCGCACUUCUGGCACUCUACGCGACGAGUAUAGCUGGUCAGGCGGGAUCAGACUAUCUAGACCCAGACCACCCAAGCCCAAUAGCCUGGUAUAUCGCCAAGCCAUGCACCGUAGCAGCGAAUCAGACUAUACAGGGUUACUGCAAGUUAGCGAAGGGCUCUUUUGCCGUAGCAUGCAUCAUGCUAGGUAUCUACGUUAUUAACCUGGGUAUGAAUAUUUGGGCCAUGCUACCAAACCCAAAGAACGACCUAAAGGACGACGAGGACGAAGAGACACCUUCGCCUGCCGCCCUAAAACGAGGAGGCAAUUGGGAGAUGCAUGGUAUUCCGCCGACGCCUAGAACAGGCACGCUCCCGUAUACGCCACGAACGAUGGCUUUUAACACGCUCGAGAGUAAACUCCCGCUGCGACAUCAGUAUUCAUAA